AUGUUCUUGCCCUCGUCCAAAACCUCACAUGACCUGCUGAACCCGUUCCGGGCUUUGAGCAACUGCAGUGUGCCUGGCGCUCCCACCAUUGAUGGGGUCGCAGCUGAGGCAGGCGGCGACCUGCGCAUCGCCGUGCUGCCGCCCGCCACCGACGGCGGCUCCUCCAUCACCGCCUACUUCAUUCUGGGCCUGCCCACCAACGGCGGGCCCAUCCUCGCCGCCGGAGGCUCGCUGGGCCAGCCUGCCGUGGACGAUGCUGCGGCCACCAAGACCUGGGGGUGGCUUGCGCUGGGCAGCAGCAGCAGCAGCAGCAGUAGCAACCCAACAACCGGGCGGCGAGCUAGCCUCUUCACGCUGCCGGCUGGCAGCUGGCAGCCUGGCAGGACCUACCGCUUCCUCUCCUGGGGCGUCAACUCCGCGGGCCGAGGCCCAGACAGCGCACCCUUUGAGUUCACCACGCCACACAGUGAGUGCGGCGCACUGCUCAGCACUGUGCAGAGCCAGCUACGGCGUUGA